AUGCAUGGAGCUCCACGUGCAGAGAGCAGGGACAAGAGCAAUAACCUUGACUUCAAAAUGUCAGAGGAAGAAGAUUCUUUUCUGAAUGUUAAAAGAUCUUUGAAAAAGAAAAUGGUGAAACACAGCACUCCAGUGGACUCGAUGCUUUCAAGAACAAUGCCAUCUCUUACAGAUCUGACAAAUCAGUCAAUCAAGUACCAAGAUGUCAGUAAGAGAGUUUAUGGAUCUCCAGUGCCAAAAUCAAAUCUAAGUAGAUCAUUAUCUCGGGUAUCAUUAGUAGGUGCUGAAGCAUACAUCCCUCAUAUGUCCCCGAAAAGGCUUUCAACAGUGUUUGACUCACAAGAACUAAACCAAGAGAUAAGCCAAAGCUCCCAGGUUGUAUUUUCUAGAAGGAGGCUUUCCACGGUGUUGGCCUCAGAUGAAUCAAAUGAAGAGCCAAGUGACAAGGUUGUUCUAAAUGUGGAAACUCAAGCUCCCACCAAAGCAUAUGAGGACGCUGCAGUAAGCCCCAAGAGUGGACCUUCAUGGCUUGUUACUGGAAUACCAGGGAUAAAAGAUGUCCCAGUAGUAAAAAAUAGAAAGAAGAAAACCGAUAAAGCUCUUGUGAGAAAGAGACAAAAAGAAUGGGUGCUUCGUCAACUUAAAAACAUUGAGGAAGCAACUGAACACGAACUGACAAUUGAAGAAGCUUGA